GGGGGGGGCCUGCCUCAACAUCUAGCUUAGCUACCGACACCUUAAAAAUAGCCAUUUGCAGUCUGCUUGUAGGAAGCUUUCUAAGCUAUAACUUAAUCAGCAAGGAUUAACAACACAAUAGUGAAGAUGGGAGAAUUAUGGGCUACUCUCGGCUCAAUCAUAGCGAGUUUGAUGUUUUUAAAGGCAAUUCUCAAAGACUACUUCCCUUAUCAACUGUGGGGGUAUAUUGAAAAAUACAGUCACAAACUUGUGCGUUUUGUGUAUCCCUACAUCGAAAUUACGUUCCCUGAAUUCACAGACGAACGUCUCAAGCGCAGUGAAAUCUUCUCUGCAAUUCAAACUUAUCUCAGCGCCAAUGAUUCCGUGCGUACGCGUGCCUCAAGGUUUAAAGCCGAUGUUGUUAAAGAUAGCAAGUCUAUAAUCCUCUCUAUGGACGACAAAGAAGAGGUUACAGAUGAGUUUAAAGGCGUCAAGGUUUGGUGGGUACUCGGUAAAAAAACUCCCAAAAGAGAUUUUUCGUUUUCAUUUUACCCUGCUGCGGAUGAGCAAAGAUUUUACAAGCUCACUUUUCAUAAGAGUCAUAGGGAUUUGAUCACGGGUUCAUAUAUUAGCCAUGUGUUAGACGAAGGAAAGGCCACUACAGUGAGGAACCGGGAGAGAAAGCUAUACAGUAACAAUCCCAGCAAGAAUUGGCAUGGCUGGAAAGCAACAAAGUGGAGCCAUGUUCCUUUUGAGCAUCCGGCAACGUUUGAUACUUUGGCCAUGGAGACAAAGAGGAAAGAAAAGAUCAAGAAAGAUCUGAAGAAGUUCAGUGAAAGCAAAGAGUACUACAAGAAAAUCGGCAAGGCUUGGAAGCGUGGAUAUCUCCUCUAUGGUCCUCCAGGAACUGGUAAAUCAACCAUGGUGGCCGCCAUGGCUAAUUUUUUGAACUAUGAUAUCUAUGAUCUUGAACUUACCACUGUCCAGGACAACACUGAGCUGAGGACUCUUUUAAUCGAGACGUCCAGUAAGUCAAUCAUUGUCAUAGAGGACAUCGAUUGCUCGCUUGAUCUUACCGGUCAACGUGAGAAGAAGAAGAAGGAGGAAGGAGAAGAAGAGAUGGAUCCAAUUAAAAAAAAAGAAAAAGAAAUGGAAAAGGAGAACAAUAAAAGCAGCAAAGUUACAUUAUCCGGGCUGUUGAAUUUCAUUGAUGGGCUCUGGUCAGCUUGUGGGGGAGAAAGAAUCAUUGUGUUCACCACUAAUUUUUUGGACAAGCUCGAUCCGGCUCUCAUUAGAAGAGGAAGGAUGGAUGAACGCAUUGAAAUGUCUUAUUGUUGCUUCGAGGCAUUCAAGGUGCUGGCCAAAAAUUAUUUGAACAUCGAGUGGCAUGAAUUGUAUGCUGAAAUUGAGGGAAAGUUAGCGGAAAUUGAUAUGACUCCUGCUGAUGUUGCGGAGAAUUUAAUGCCCAAGUCUGACGAGGAAGAUGUAGAGAGUUGUUUGAAGAAUCUGAUUGAAGCUCUUGAGGUGGCAAAGGAGGAAGCGAGAAAGAAUGCCGAGGAAGAAGCGCGGUUGAAGGCAGAGAAAGAAAAAGAGAAGUCAGCGGACGAGAAUGUGAAGAAAGAGGAAGAAAAUUCAGGUAACAAAAAUAAAGAUGACGAAGGUAGAGGAGUGGAGGGUUGAUUUUGAAUAAGUAGCAUAGUUGAAUUGGCUGUCACGUUUUCUAUAAUUUUGUUCUAGAAUGCAAGUGAUUAAUGGUUGAGUGUGUCAUGCAAUCUACUGAUUUCUGUCUUAAUGAAAUAAUAGGAAUUUGCUCAAUUAUUGAAAUUAUUGAGCGAAUUUGUCCUAAA